AUCUGUCAGGGUCACAGUGUCUCACAUAGACAGCGCACGCAACUCCGUUUGCAGCUGUUUUUUUUUAAACCGACUUUUUUCAUUUGGGAAUUUCUGAGACAGUGCUCUGCUCUGAUACGCAUUUCUGAUCUUCUUUCCAUUAACUGAUAUAUUUGUUGCUAAAACAGGAUGUUUGGGCGGGGGAGUUAACGGGAAGCGUCCAUCAGCAGAUGGGAUAUCAGAAAGAGGAAGAAAAACAGCUAAGAUGGAGUUUUUAGGCAUCUGUCAACGUCAAGUAAAAAGUAAAAGUAAAGAUGUGCAGUGCCACUGGAGGUCAGGUAAAUCAUUAAAUUGGGCAGCUUCAGCUUUCUGAUUGACCAGACAGAGAGCGAGUGGAAGGAGUGAAGCGACAGAGACAGUUGUCCUGCGGUCGCAUGAUUUCUCUCCCUCUGACCCAAAUUCAGAAUGAACGUCCACCAUCUUCUCUUCUUCGGCUCCUUAUCAGCACUGUGUGGCGGAGACUCCGGGCUCGUCAGAGCAAAACUCAACAUUUAUACAGGAGCUGAAGGAGGAAACGGUACACUUAAUUGCUACUUGACUCUGCCUGGAAGCAGGAAGUUCUUAUGUAAAGGAGAAUGUAAAGGAGAAAACAUUCUUAUUAAAACGGACGAUGUCAGAGCAAACAAUGGCAGAUUCAGCCUUGAAUAUAGAAACAAAUCUGCUGAAAGAGGAAUUGUGUCUGUGACAUUCACACAUCUGACCAAGACUGACUCAGGAUGGUACAGGUGUGGCUUGGGCACAUCUUUGGUUCCAGAUUCGUACACGGACUUUGACAUCAGAGUUUCAGAUGCAGAGCCGCUUGGAAAGUCUGGUUUCCUGAGAACAGAUACUGAAGGAGAAAACGUCACAUACCCAUGCAUGCACGCCGACAAAAGGAGCAGAAUGUUCUUCUGUAAGGGCGAAUGCACAAAAGAAGAGGACAUCCUCAUCGAAACAGAUCAGACCAGAGCUCAGAAUGGCAGAUAUGGCCUCAAAUAUCAAGAAAGAUCUGUAUUUGGACUGUAUCUGACAAUCACACGGGUGGCCAAGUCGGACACAGGACGGUACAGGUGUGGUUAUGGCAGAGCUUUGUCUCCAGAGUCAUACUACGUGUUUUCAAUCGUUAUUGUAGACGCUCCAACCAAACCAACCAAAGGCCAGCCUGCAACCACAGCUCCAACCACUUCGAAACCAAACUGGACUCGCCGACCUUUUUCGACAACAUUCCCAUCAGCCACCAUGGCAACACCAUCCACAACACAGAGCUUAAGCUCCGGUUCAGGAAGUGUCCCACCUUCAUCGGCUUUCCCUGAAACCAAAGGCCAGCCUGCAACCACAGCUCCAACCACUUCGAAACCAAGCUGGACUCGCCGACCUUUUUCGACAUCAGUCCCGUUAGCCUCCACAGCAACAACGCGGAGCUUAGGCUCCGGUUGGGGAAGCUCGGCAACUCCAUCAGUGUUUUCUGAGAGCACCGCACAGUUUGCAAGUUACUUCUUGCCUCUGGUUGUAUGCGCGCCCUUAGUCGGUGUGUUACUGGUGGUUGCGUUUCUGCUGCUCCUCUACAUACGGAAGACAAGGACCACAAACAGCAGAAACACUGAGGUGACUUUCUUUGACUGUGUAUGUCUCUGUUCACUCUUACUGACAGCCUCUACCUCUACUCUGUAAAAGGACAGGAAAGGAACUUUGAAACUUCACUGUAGAUUUAAGAGAAAACCUGGGAAACCUGUCUGACUUCAGAUAGAAGUAGACAAAAGCAGGCCUCUCAUUCUUAGUGACUCAGCAACUAUUGAUUUAGAUGGAUAGAAUUCAGGUGGAUAUUAUUUACCGCAGGUAGCUAGCUAUUUAAUAUCAAUCUGUUGAGUUGGUUGAAAACUCUGGAAGAUUUUAAAUGCCUAAAUCAAAUGAAGUGAGAUGCAAACUGGGAAAAAAAAACACGUUAAAUGACAGUUUAUCAGCCUUUGGUCAAUCCUGCCGACCUCUUUCCAGUCUCUCGCCGGCUGGGUGCCACGUUUUCUAGCUGAAAUGUGUUUUCUGACUACAAAGCAGGGAAUCAUGGGGUCGGUUGAUUUAAAACAUAAGCUAGCAGGUAAUUCCUGCACACAUGGUGACUAUCAUUAUGUAGGCUUAUUUUUUUUAAAAAACAACGCUUAGGGUACAUUAAAAGUUAAAAGUCAGAUGUAAAAUGUUACAAGAAAACAGGAAAAACUUGACUAUUCGCAGGCAAGUUCUGGAGUUCUGAGGAGUGUGUGUCUUUCUGAGCAGGUUUAUGAACCUUUACUUGUGAUGGAUACCAGAGAGGAUGAUAUCAUCAGGAAGUGUAAUGCACACUGAAUCUUGAAAUAUGUGUAGCAUGUCUGUGUGACUCAGCAGCAAUUGGACAAUAGGGUUCUGAUGUAGCCUUCCCUAAUUGCCUCCAUGCUACGAGCGCUGAUUGUGUUGAUAAGCAGCCAAACUACAAUAACUAACUUCCUGUUGCACCUGUCCCUUUCACCACACACAGUAUCGUUGCGUCACCUCUCUCCCUCUGGUACCACGGCUACUUCUAUAUUUCAGUUGUGGGGUCAUUUCUUGUCAACUUGGUAAAGUUUCUGAUGUCAUUUUUUUAGUUCGCUGUCAUCUAUAAGAAGGUUAGUCCAGUCAUGUGAAGACUCCACCUACGAGACCAGCAGGGAUAAGGAGCAAACCUACUCUACACGUAAUUCAGACAGCAGACGACUGAUAAUGUUUCAAUUUGGACUCUUUGUUUGUCACUUGUUCAGGUCAACAUGUGUCAGUAUGAGGCCUUUAAACCCUCACACAUGACACAGGCCAUUAAAAAUAUCUGUACUGGAAUUUUCUCUGCAAUACUCCCAACAGAGUUGCAAAAUGGGAGAGGCUAUUUCAGAUCCCCCUGGUUCUGGAAGUAAAGUGUCCACUUUGGUUGGACCGCAAGAGCAGGGCCAACCUAACGAACGCGAAUGUCCAUGAUAAAAUUACACCACUGGUCAUCCGAAUGCCACGUGACUGAGUGCUCACGUCAUACGAUCGGCUCUUUCCAUCGGUUGCUCUUUCGAAUGAACUUAUGCAAACGGUUUCUAUUUGGUCAUCAGGGGGGCGUUCACAGGCGGCGUUGACAACUUAGCGCCUUUGUCAAUAGAUUUACUGACUUUUCACACCGCUUUAGCAACUUUUCUU